UUCGCCUACCCCCGUGUCCCGGUGCGUUGACCCGAUUUUGAAAUUAAGUUCAGCAUAUAAAGGAGCCAUUAUGUGGGACAGUCCUGAUAAUCUUUUUGGAAGCAUGGAUAGUGCACACUAACAGUUCUAAUAUUAAGUGAAAAACCGAUACGCAAAAUGAAGAUAUUACUUCCAGCUAGUCUCUGCUUUAUGUUGUUCUCAGUCUCAUUGGUUUCUAGCCAGACAGCUAAUGGUGAGAAACAAUGGUUUUGGAACUCAACUACUGCAGCCGCUGCUUCACAAAUUGGAGAUGAUUCCCUUGUGAAGAACGCUUCUAGUUCGACUACUCCCUCUUCUUUCUCAGAUGGCACCGAAGCGGUUCCCAAAAACGAAACGGAUGCUGUGUUUUCACCUGGUGAUUCGGACGGAUUUUUGCCCGUAAAUAUAACAUCCGGAAGGAGUUCAGGAUUGGCCGAACUCUUCUCGGACAUAUUCGAACCAGCCAACAUCACUCGCGGCAGAAGUUCAAAAGCCAUGAAUCUCGAUCUGCUUGGCGGUGUUCGGGAAGGCAGAAUACUCAACGAAGAUCCCGGUAACAAGAGGCUGUCCUUACAAGGUUUUAUUCCAAUUGUAUCGUUUGCUGGCAAGGAAGAGGACGAGGAGAAACCUACCAAGUCGCUGUCAAAGAGCCCUAAAAGGAACGAAGAUUUGUACUAUAGUGGACCCUAUCCCCCCAUACCGAUAGAUAACGAAGAAGAGACGAAAUCGGACAAUUACUAUUCCCCCAUAUCCGAAUCUCAAAAGAUAAACAGGCAAGGUUUCCAGAAGGCCAUCGAUAAUGACCAUAAACAAGAAUAUGGUGUCAGAAUCCAGGACACAAAACAAUCCAGUCACAAUUAUUACAUACCCCCUCCCCAGCAGAACUUCCAGAACAAAGAAAAAUACAUCAUCAAACCUAGCAAAGAAGCUGUUCGAUAUACAUCUGCAAACGAUUUCCACAAUAGGCAUACAUACCAGGAAACCCCGCAGAAGCACUUCUCCAUACCAAAACAGCAAGAUACCCACUACAGUCAAGACGCCGUCAAGUCCGAAUCCCAGACCACUGGUCACUUUUUGGUCACUUCCAAGCCCGAAGAUGCUCAAUACGCCCCUGCUGGACCCUAUGCACCAGAGCCUAUCCCCAGCGACGAAAGGUAUCCUGCACAGGACACUACAGCCAAGCACUAUCGUCCGGGUGCUAAGCAAUUCGAUCAAGAUAAUCUGUAUGAGCUGCAGAACGGGAAUUAUAUUUUGAGUGGUGGUGAUAAUGAUGAGAAAUGCAUCUGCGUUCCAUUUUAUCUCUGCAGAAACGGCUACUUGUCCAAUUAUGGAAGAUCUUUGGAAAAGGAUGACAUCGAUGAGAGGUCUGCAAGGAAAGUUUCCAAACGAGAUGUGGGGAACAAGACAACAGACUUUGAAUCACAGACUUUAGCUCCUUAUACAGAAGAAAUUAUGGCCCGAAUGAUUGGAUUGAGCAACGUGGGAGACAGUUGCGGACUUUUGAGGAAAUGUUGCAAAGUCCCUCAGCGUGGUGGUGUGCCCACUGGACUUCUACCCUUCAAUCCAGAUAAUUAUCCCAUUCCACACCAGGACUUCAGCCAACUGCCCCACGGUCUCCAAGGUGUCCAUUUGCAGCCAGGUAAUGAAGAUCAACUCGCGGCAUUUAUUCUAAAUCAGGAUCAACAAUCAGGUCACCAGCAAGAUCAUCAGAUUAUUUUGGUUCCUCAAGAAGUUCCUCAGCCACCUCAACACCGUCCUCGACCCAUCUACCAGCCACCCAAACCCCCAAGACGAGUCUUCCCUCAUCCAACACCCCGUCCUCAGACAUCCGUCAAUCCGAACAGAUCCAUUCGUCCAGUCUAUCAGCCACAUAGGAGACCCACAGCUCAGCCAGUGUACGUCGAACAGCCUGUCUAUCAACCACAACCUAGUUAUCCGAAACCGCAGCCAGCGUAUCCACCACCCUCCCUGCGUCCACCCAAACCCCUGCAACCCCAAGUGUCACAAGGAGGUCAAUGCGGGGCAAGAAACGGUUUCGGUAUUCAUGGAAGAGUAAAUAAUCUUCAGUAUCAUGAUGACGCAUCUGAAUUCGGAGAGUACCCCUGGCAGGCUGCCAUCUUGUUGAAGGUAGGCCCAGGUAACAACCUAUUCGUGUGUGGAGGCACAUUGAUUUCCAGCCAAUGGGUAGCAACUGCUGCACACUGUCUUAAAAAACAUAAUGCUGAUGAAUUAAAAGUCCGUCUAGGUGAUUGGGAUGUCCAUCGAGAUGAUGAAUUCUACCCUUACGUCGAAAAGUUCGUUGUGGAAGUGGUGGUUCACCCUGACUUUUACCCGGGUAAUUUGCAAAAUGAUCUCGCCCUGCUAAGAUUGGAAGCGCCCGUGGAUCCAACUCUACCCCACAUAUCUCCUGCAUGCCUUCCAGAACAGAAUGAAAAGUUCGACAAUUUGCGUUGCUAUGUCACAGGAUGGGGCAAAAAUGCUUUUGGUGAACAAGGUGAAUAUCAGAGUGUUCUAAAGGAAGUGGACGUCCCAAUGCUCGGUCAAAGGGAUUGUGAACACCGAUUGAAACAGACUAGGCUCGGUCGCAGUUAUCAAUUGCAUCCGGGUUUCUUGUGCGCCGGCGGAGAGCCAGGCAAAGACGCUUGCACGGGUGAUGGUGGCAGUCCCCUGGUGUGUGAACAUGGUGGAACAUGGAAGGUGGCCGGUUUAGUGUCCUGGGGAAUCGGAUGCGGUCAGCCUGGAGUUCCCGGCAUUUACGUCAACAUGGCCAAAUACAGAAGUUGGAUUGAGACAGUUAUUUACAAUUAUGGAUAAAGAGAUCGGAAGAUCCGAACUGUAACCGUGUCUGCUGGUGGGCACAACACAGUCUAUAUUAAAGUGAUCUAGUUUAACCCAUUGAAAUGUGUCACUGUAACUGUGUAUACAGUUAUAACGAGCACCCUUCAGUUUCAAUCUUAGAGACGGUUAUGACUUUUACACUUAGGACAGAUUAUUAAAAAUGUUAGUGUUGAUCCUUAAAAAACAACAUGAAUACACUAGCCUUAAACCUUAAAAAAUAUCUGAGUAGGGAAUAUCGAGCAAUGACAUUUUAUAUUUUAAAAAGGAAAAAAAAAGAAUGAGCCUGGAUUUAUUUCUAUCUUUCAUUUUUACCGAUUUAUUAUCACGGAUAAAAUGUGAGAUAACUUAAAAACUAUCACUGAUAGUUAUUGGUCAUCUCAUAUCUCUUGGCGAAUGUGAUAAAACUGCUCGAUAUUCUGGAUUCUGAUGAUUUUUAAGGUAGAGGGUCAUUGCCCAUCAUUCCCGAUCGGUUUUAUUUUUUCCUAAGAAUAAUCUUCUCCCAUGGAGCAUCGAAUUGAAGGUUGCGCCAACUGGAUCUUGCUGCUCGUGUAUUUAUGUAUUUCAGUAGGUGUAACUAGAUCGCUUUAAUUUUAUUGAAAUAUCGUUUGCUAGGCACAAAUCAAAAUUUAUUAUUAUUUCGUAAAAUUCUGUGGUGCCUGAUUGAUUUUGAUUAAAUCAAAAUCGCGAAAUCAGGCACUACUGUAAAUAUGUGCCAUGUUAAAACAAAAUUACUGCUGUCUUCUCAAGUUAAAAUAUAGGAAAUCUUUGUAUUAAAAUUGUUUAAAGAAACACUUCUGACUUUGCUCAACAUCAGAAGUGUUCAUUAUUUUUGGGGAAAAAUAGGGAAAAUCAGAAUUUCCUGAUACCUUAAAAUGAGGAGAAAGCAAUUUUAAAAGUUUGCUACGAGGAAACAAAAUGUAUACCAAAUUGGUACCCUUUUUAUAUUAAAUUAUUUAUUAUUUUUUUCCUCGGAGUAAACUUUUUAUUCUUGUGCAUUUUAAUUGAAGCAAUGAAUGAUGAUUUUAUUUAAAAAUCUUAUUCAUUUUCAUUAUAAAUAAAUAAAGCAUUGAAUGCAUGCAUUUUGCCAACGUUCUUUUCACUGAAUGUAAAUGAAAGUAAAAUAAAUAUAAAUUUUAUA